AUGGUUUAUCAUUCUGAGUUCAAGAAGGCGGGACAAAAGCCUGGUCUGCAGGUAUGGCGGAUUGAAAAAAUGGACCUGGUGGCAGUUCCUGAGAAUCUUUAUGGGAGCUUCUACACAGGAGACACCUACAUCGUCCUUAAUACCAUCAAGCAACAUUUAGGAAGCCUACAAUACGAUCUUCAUUUUUGGCAAGGUAAUGCCUGCAGUGUAGAUGAGAGUGCUGCUGCGGCCAUUUUUGCUGUCCAGAUGGAUGACUAUCUCGGGGGAACUCCUGUUCAGUAUCGAGAGGUCCAGGGUUAUGAAUCGAAAACGUUUGUAGGUUACUUCAAAUUGGGUCUUAAGUACAUGCAAGGUGGUGUGGCAUCAGGCUUUAGACACGUGGCUUCUAACGUGGAAGGAAUACCCAGAGUCCUUCAUGUUACUGGCAGACGAACAGUGAGGGCUACUGAGGUUCCUGUGAGUUGGGACAGCUUCAACCAGGGAGACUGUUUUAUUCUGGACCUUGGAGAUGAAAUCUACCAAUGGUGCGGCUCAAAGAGUAAUCACUUUGAACGGUUGAAAGCCACCAAUAUUUCUAAGGGUGUCCGUGAUAACGAGCGAGCUGGAAGAGCAAAACUGUACACAUGUGAAGAGGGAUCAGAGCCUAACAAGAUGCUGGAGAUUCUUGGACCAAAGCCAGAGCUUCCUGAUUCAAACUGUGAUGACUCUGAGACUGAUUCAUCAAAUAGAAAAAUAGCCACAUUAUACAAGGUGUCCGAUGCCAGUGGAGAUAUGUUCAUCACGUUGGUUGCGGCGGAGAAUCCGUUCUCUCGGGGUGCCCUGGAGUCGACUGAAUGUUUUAUCUUGGACCAUGGUUGUAAUGGCAAGAUCUUUAUCUGGAAAGGUAAAGAAGCCAGCCCAGAGGAGAGGAGUGCAGGAAUGAAGGCUGCUGAGGAGUUUAUUCAGAAAAUGGGGUACCCAAAACACACUCAGAUUCAGAUCCUGCCCGAGAAUGGGGAAACCCCUCUCUUCAAACAGUUCUUCAAAUCCUGGCAUGAUGUAAGCCAGACUGAUGGGAUGGGAAAGGGAUAUGUCUCCAACAAGAUCGCCAAGAUUAAGAAAGUACCCUUUGAUGCAUCUACUCUCCAUGUCUCGAGUGCUAUGGCUGCUCAGCAUGGGAUGAUCGACAUGGGGGACGGAGAGAAAAAGAUUUGGCGCAUUGAAGGAUCGGACAAGGUAGCCGUUGAUCCCUCAACUUAUGGGCAGUUCUAUGGCGGAGACAGUUACAUCAUCCUGUACAACUACAAGCAUGGGGAACGUCGAGGACAGAUUAUUUACAUUUGGCAGGGGGAGGAUUCAAGCCAGGAUGAGAAAGGAGCUUCUUCCAUCUUAGCCACUCAGCUAGAUGAGGAACUUGGUGGACGAGCAGUGCAGGUCCGGGUGACUCAGGGCAAGGAGCCUGUCCACCUCAUGAGUGUUUUUGGAUCCCGACCAAUGGUGGUUUACAAAGGUGGGACUUCCAGAGAAGGCGGUCAAUCAAAAGCAUCAGCAAUACGCCUUUUUCAAGUUCGAUCCAACGUUGCUGGGAAUACACGGGCAGUUGAGGUAGAUCCUGUGGCCUGUAAUCUCAAUUCCAACGAUGUGUUCCUGUUCAUGAACCCAUCAGACUCAGUGUUGUGGGUGGGUCAAGGUGCCAGUGAGGUUGAGAAGCGUGGAGCUAAAGAGCUUGGUGAGAUUUUAGGAGUGCAGGUUUCUGAAGUGACGGAAGGUGAAGAAAGAGAUCACUUCUGGGAAGCUCUUGGAGGGAAAACUGAAUAUCGCACAUCUGAAAGACUGAGGAGCAAAAUGGAGACUCACCCGCCUCGUCUGUUUGCUUGCUCUAACAAGACGGGACAGUUCCGCAUCGAGGAAGUACCAGGAGAAAUGACUCAAGACGAUCUAGCUCCAGAUGAUGUCAUGAUUCUGGACACAUGGGAUGAGGUCUUUGUUUGGAUUGGAAAAGAGGCCAAUGAAGAAGAAAAAAAUGAGGCUGUAGCCUCAGCUGUGCGAUACAUCGAAAGCCAUCCUGCCAUCAGAGACAAGAGGACUCCUGUCGUAAAGAUAACGCAGGGCUUCGAGCCGCCCACCUUCACAGGGUGGUUCCUGGGAUGGGAUUAUGAUUACUGGAGCUUGAACCCAUUGCAAAGGGCUAUGGCUGCUUUGAAGCACUGAACGUACAAAUGUUUACUGUGGUAGGUUGAGUUAAGUGUUCAGAAUAAAAAGUUUUAAAAAAUUCCA